AUGUCUAGCCUCUCAGUGGAACUUACGGCACCAAACGGCCGAAAGUACGUCCAGCCUUUGGGCCUGUUCAUCAACAACGAGUUUGUCGCCGCCAAAUCAGGACAGACUAUUGUAUCGGUCAACCCGACUGAUGAGACGGAUAUUGCCACUGUGCAUGCUGCCGGUGCUGAGGAUGUAGAUAUUGCCGUCAACGCAGCUCGUGCCGCAUUGAAACAUCCCUCAUGGAAGGAUCUAUCCGGCUCCGACAGAGGACGGAUGAUGGUAAAGCUGUCUGAGCUUGUUGAGCAGCAUGCGGAGACUUUGGCCACUAUUGAAACGUGGGAUAAUGGAAAACCAUAUUUGGUCUCUCUGGGCGAUGAUGUCUCUGAAGUUGCAUCUGUCUUGAGGUAUUAUGGCGGAUUUGCAGACAAGAUAGAAGGUAGGACUAUUAGCACCACUGCCAACAAGUUUGCCUACACGUUACGCCAGCCCAUCGGCGUCGUAGGCCAGAUCAUCCCGUGGAACUUCCCGUUAGCAAUGGCUGCCUGGAAACUGGGACCAGCUUUGGCAUGUGGAAACACCGUGAUCCUUAAAGCUGCAGAGCAGACUCCUCUGAGCGUAUUAUACCUUGCAGGAUUGGUGAAGGAAGCAGGAUUCCCCCCUGGCGUGGUUAAUAUUAUCAACGGAUACGGUAAAGACGCCGGGGCUGCCAUUGCGUCUCACACUGGCAUAGACAAGAUCGCCUUCACCGGAUCUACAAGCACAGGCCGUGCAAUCAUGAAAAUGGCCGCAGCUAACCUGAAAAACAUCACCCUUGAAACUGGUGGCAAGUCGCCACUCAUCGUCUUCGACGAUGCAGAUAUCGAUCAGGCUGCAAAGUGGGCUCACACCGGCAUCAUGUACAACAUGGGCCAAGUUUGCACUGCCACAUCUCGUCUGCUAGUUCAUGAGGGGGCCCAGGUGACCAAGGCUCAGUACGACCGCGUACUUUCAUAUAUCGAGACUGGCAAAUCUGAAGGUGCAACUCUUGCUACCGGCGGAGUGCCACAUCAGAAAGUUGGUAAUGGCAAAGGCUACUUUAUCGAGCCAACGGUAUUCACCAAUGUUACAGAUAAUAUGGCAAUUUACCGUGAAGAAGUGUUUGGGCCCUUUGCCGUGAUUGCUAGUUUUAAGACCGAAGAGGAAGCACUCACCAAGGCAAACGACACAACCUACGGCCUUGGCGCAGCGGUGUUUACCCAGAACAUUGAGCGUGGUCACCGUGUAGCUUGCGGCAUCGAGGCUGGAAUGGUCUGGAUUAACAGCAGCAACGAUAGUGAUUUCCGUGUGCCAUUUGGCGGUGUCAAACAAUCAGGCGUGGGAAGAGAACUGGGAGAAGCCGGCCUUGAAGCUUACUCUCAAAUUAAAGCUGUCCAUCUCAACAUGGGAACCAGGUUGUGA